UUAGGCUAAUAUAAUCGACUUUUACCAAGAAUUUUACGAAUUUAAAUACAAUUAAAUCGAAUUUAUUAUUCGUAAAUACCAUCUUUUACAAUAGAAACGUGUUUGUCUCCCAUUGAAAAGCAAAUUCGCCAACGCUUUAAAAAAAUGAGAUUUUAACUGCAUUAAAAUAUCUUUUAAGUGAUAAAAAUAUUACGAAGAACUCGUUUUCAUUCUUCCAACUUAAUUAAUUCGAUUCGGUAGUCGUCUGUAAACCCGUUCGACUUUGACAGAACCAGAAAAUCGGACAAAGCGCGCGCAUUAAUUGUUUCUAGGUGUCGAAUUUUAUUCUUUCCUACCGUACCUCAGCUUCAACAUGUGAAACAGUUUUAUUCUACUGUCUGGCUAUCAAAUAAAACUAUCGAAGCCUUCACAAUUCACAAAUUUAAUAAGAACUUGUAUGAAUUGCUGUUAAUUCUGUAUCGUAAAGAAUCUUUGUUUACUAUAAGAAAUCUUCCCACACCCGUCAUCGAGUACCGGUUUGUUUGGCUCAGCAGACUAAACUCCGGAGAGUUUACUCGGUUAGAACAGCCAUUCGGUAAACCUUUACAUGCUGUUGCGUCACGUCACGUUUUGCUUCACGAGUCAGACAGCGUUAAAUAACUGCACCGUUGCCAGUCGGCGAAACGGAACACUUCCGUCCGGAAAAAAAUCUCACUGUUCCGAUAUUUAUCCGGAAAAAAGCGGAAGUUGCGACCUUUCUUUCCCCAUUUUCCGACCCUCGUCGAUUGCGUAACGGCAGCAAUUUAGGCGUGAGCGCGUCAGCCGCGACGUCACAAGGUCAAUUCGUAGUUCUUGUUACGGCCGUGCAGCGUGGGUGUCGCUGCUGUUUCGUUUACCAAACUGGGAUAUAUAGAAAUUUAUUCGGGAUUCGAUUCGAAAUGGGGGGUAUAGAACGAACUUGAAAAAUGACAAUACGAAUCGGCGCGAUUUAUAAAAAUUGAAAAUGACAUUUUGGGCAAGGGAGAAAAAAAGAAACAGAACUAAGAAACGCGACGAUCGAGAGUCAGGAUAAACCUUCCGUAUAAGGUAAUAUGUUAGUAGGACGGGGGAGAGUGUAACCGGACGCAUGCGCCAUAUAAUAUUACCUGAGAGUGCGCACCUGUCCCGAUUGCAACAGGUGUCCUUUCUACGGGUCUUGCUUCGAUUCGUACGUAGUUAAGAUUUACCUGGACGGGGAUACGUCGUUUCUACACAGAAUUCGGAUCUGUAUCAGGGAAUUUCCAGCGAAGGAUCCGGUAUGCGCCGGCCUUUAAAAAAUAUUUGGUGGGUUGCACCUCCUACUCGUACGCCUCUUUUCUUUGCAUGACACCAACUACCUUCGACAUAGAUUCUUCGCCUUCUAAAGUUCAACUUGCUGUUUAUAACUAACUAGUUGAACUCGGAUGAUUCUUUAAUAUUUUCGUCGUUCAGAAUUCCGAAUGAAAGAGUGAAAUGCCAGGAAGCGUUAGAAGAAGUGAUUCGCAGAGAUCAGACAGUAGUACAGAUUCUAGAAAGAAAGUCAGUUUUAACAGAGCGGUAAAAGUAAAGAAAUAUUCCAGACCAGGAAAACAUUCACAGUCAGUCACCGAAAGCCCAGAAAAGAAGUUCUGGUUCAAAGUUUACAAAAACCGCCAUCAUCAAGAACCAGAUUUAGUUAAAGAGACUCGUGAAUUUAAUGCUAAUUGCAACAACGUUUCUGCUCACGAUCCCCAAUCCGAUUCGUUGCAUCCCAGCCAAAUGCCCGCCGAAACACCCCACGUGAGAAAAGAUCACGUCAAACACAUCGUCAAUUUGUUUAAUCAGGAAGCUGUGCUAAAACCCACCUCGGAAGACGCAGAACACCAUAGCAGGCCUAUGGAUCCUCCCACCGAUUACAACUCUCAUAAUAGCGAACACAAACAUACCAGUCCCAAACAGAAGAAAAAUCCCUUAGUUAACGGGGUGAAAGUAAUGUUUGGCAUGAACAGUUUAAAGAAGAAGACCAAAGACGAGGUUCACAAGAAAAACGCAAUAAAUCUGAAGAAAACUCGGAAUUCCGGAAACAAAGCUAAAUCAAUUGAUCAAAAAGGACCACACAAAACCAAUAUAAUUAUACCAGAUAUCAAAAGGAUAUCUGAAGUAGAUUCGUCUUAUCACCGUUAUAAUGACAAAAUGAAUGGAAAUGGAUACUCUAAUUCUUCCCAUUCUUAUCAUCCCGAUCCUACUACUGCUACUUGGGAUUCUGGAAAAAUUUUAGUGAGUGAUUCGAGCCAAGUUGAUAAUUCCUUAGAAAGUUCCCGAGAAGGGAAAUUUUAUAAAAGCGCAGGAGAGAGACACCGUGUAUGGAAACAAGAUAAAGUAACCCGCUACGAAGAGCCCAUUUUCAUCACUAGAAAGAAGACUACCAGUGAAAAUGAUUUAUCUGAUAAUAAAAGAAUAAUCCAUACUCAAAGGCUGGACUAUUCCGACGAGGAAGUAAAUAAAUCGAAACAGUCUUCGAAGAACAAAAUCAUCCAUACUCAAAGGCUGGACUAUUCCGACGAGGAAGUAAAUAAAUCGAAACAGUCUUCGAAGAACAAAAUCAUCCAUACUCAAAGGCUGGACUAUUCCGACGAGGAAGUAAAUAAAUCGAAACAGUCUUCGAAAAACAAAAUCAUCCAUACUCAAAGAUUGGACUAUUCCGAUGAAGAAUUAAACAAAUCGAAACAUUCUUCCAAGAACAAAACCAUCAAAGAAGACAAAGCAAUACAGUGCGACGAGUUUUGGACAGACUCGGAUUCUUGGGAUUCGGAAACCCAAUCGGAUUCUGAGUCUUGUCGUAUCAUUAGAUCGAAAAACGGUUUCGUUUCAGCAUUUAGCGAUGUGCCUUCUUUGGAAAGCUAUGAAAAGAACGACGCCAUUUACAGUCAAGUAGACAAAAGUAAGAAGAAAAAGAAUAUGCGCCCUCCGUUAGCCACACCUUCGGAUGUCAUGUCGGAAGAUGCCAGAGCUAAAGAAGAUUCCUAUAAAAGACACACUAAAGAAAACAAAAUUAAAACAACAAAAAGAAGUUUCGGCUUUAAAUUAAGAAAUGGUUUUCAGGAAGACGUAUACGACAUCCCGAUAGAGAAAGAUUGGUAUGACGUGGAUGACGAUCUACAGGAGAUCGAACGACAGAAAAAAUCCGAAGAAUCCAGCGAUGCAGAUACAGCUCCCAAUUCAGUCAUCAGGGAAGUCGAUUAUAAAAAGAGAGAAAUAUCUUACGAGAACGUCCCUAGAAAAGAUGGACCAAGAAACGAUCAGAUUACUAAAGACCGAAAUUUAUGGUUCCAUAAAGCUGACGACGAUUACCGUCGGGAUAUGGUAUUUAAUGAAGGGACAAUGGACUCGUCUUAUUCAUCUUUGGGGAGGAUAACCAAGAGCAAUAGAAAAUCUUUCGAAUCAGGCCAAGCUCAGACGCUAGACAGACAUCAUUAUCGAAACAAUCAUGGUCCAAGUAAUGUAAAAAUUUUAGUUAAUGGUAAACCCGUUAAAGAUGAUAACAAACAAUGCUUGAGAGGAGGGUUAGCGGCUUCCUAUCAGGCCCGUCAAAAAGCUGCUCUUCGUAGGAGCAACAGUACUGCAGGAGGAGUUUUUGGUCGACCCGUGCAGCAAACCGGAUUAAGUCCUAAUCGCGGUGGUUCUUCGGCCGCUUCGGGAAUUUCCAGUUCUGACAGUGAAUCGAGUCGCCGACACAAACCGUUAGUUCUGUAUAUUCCGGGGGUCGAACAUCCGGAUCACUCGAUUAACGAGGAUGAUCGCUCAUCCGGAGCUAACGUAGCCAGAACACAGUCCAUGUUAUCAUCUUCCAAACCUGCCAAAUAUAGAUCUAAAUAUCGAAACACUCGCCAUUCCGGUAGCGAAAAGAGCGACUUAUCCAGAAGUAAUUCCAUGCCCAAGGAUGUCAAAUUUCCCUGGUUUAAAUGGAAAAUAAGAGCAAAACCUUCUCGUGAACCUUAAACAAUUAAGCAGACAAACUAUAAUACUUUAUAGUUCCCAUUUUCACGUCUUGCUUCACCUGUAAAGCCUUCAGUAGAGCGAGAAAGUAACAAUCGUCUUUGACUGGAAAUCGGCCAUUGUGUUGCAAAAAGCAAGUGAAAAAUUUAUAUAUAUAUUAUCUUAUAUCGUUUCUUAUGGAGUUCAUGUGAUAAUCGACAGGAGAUGUGGUCUCGUAACAUUACGGGUAUUCUUUCGUCAUGGUCGAUUUAUCCAGAAUGAGAAAGUGCGGUCAGAUGACCAACGAAGACGUUUCCUAAUGCUGUUGCUUUUAGAAAAAAAUUCUCUUAAGAAUUAGCUACGGUUGUAAAAAUUUACAUACUUAACCUUCGAUGCAAUUAGGUUAACGAAUCUUCUUAGACAGAUCGUCCAUUAACUCACGAAGAUGCGUGACGAGAUGAUUCGUGAUGUCCAACGAACUCAAAACUGCGAACUUGGAUCUUUCGCCCGCUUCAUUAAUUGCGAAAGAUAAGUUGUUAUCGUGUAUAAUGAGUUUGAGUGCCAUGAAAGGAACUGGUUCAAAUGGUGAUCGAUUGACCAGAUUUUUUUAGAAAGAACUUUCGACUGGAAGAGAGGAAUGGAUGAAUGCGCAAUAACUUUCCAUUAAUGUUGAUGUUCGUCCAAGUCAGAUCCUAGUCGGUUCGUUACGGAACUACUAACUAGUCUGACAUUUGUAUAGACAUUUUGCGAUUAACCUCUUUAUAUGAUAUUGUAUAAUACAUCUUGAAAAUAAAAUUUUUAAUUACUAAUUAUUUUGAAUUUCGGAUUCUAAUAAAUAUACUUCGUUUCGGAAAAUUAUUCAGGACGCACUGAUUUAAAAUUCUGAUACUGAUAAUGAAUUUGACUUAAUUGCAGCAAUAUCAAUUGAUUUCAUUUUUCUCUUGUUCGUUGGGAUAAAUUUUGCUUCAUAACUCACUUCAAAAUGUUUUUAUCUUAUCUUAAAGGCGUCUAGAAACGAGCUUUACAAUUUAAUUAAUAUUCGUCAGCCAAUAAACGUCUCUAAAGAAAUGUGCUUAACAUGACUGAAUAAUUUGAAAUCAGAAUACAGGCCUACAUAAAAUGUCUUUAUAAAGGUCGAAAAAUUUUAUCUGUUAGACAAUAUUGUAACAAUGAAACCAAGACAUAAAUCUUGAUAUUUACAUAUUAUAGAAGGCCUAAUGAGUAGAUUCUUGCUCAGCAGGCAUGGACAUUAAUUAAGUCUACAAAUCAUGUCGAUGUUGUCCGUUUCCCAGGAGCAUUCCACCAGGAAGAAUUCUCAGACUUUCUCCUCCUCGAAUAAAAAUGGUGAUAUUACUCUCAUUUUUCGACCCUUUCGUCCAAAAUUAACACACUUCCUAAACCGCGUAGGUAGUCAUACCUGGAAGGUAAACGAUCGCCUCGACCAUAACCGGAUUUUGUGCACAAACGAAUUUAGAAAUUUCACUCUCCAACAAGUUCCAACAGCGACGAAAAUCGGGGGCGUUACAAAAAUUUAAAAUUCCAGAUGACUUCGACCCAAUUAAACUAUUAAUAUCAUUUAAAACGUGUAUAUUUUAUAAUUAAUAUCGGUUUUCUUUUAUCCGUAAACUCGCUACCUUCUUCCCACGCAAUGAAUAAUAUUUAAAAUUCUUGUUCAAACUUUAGAAAGAACAGGUCAAACCCGAUUUGUUUCUAAUCUUUGAAAGAACCUUAUUCGAAUUUUUAAUUUUCACCCGUAAAGAGGGCAAUCCAAGGUUGCAGAAGAUAUGCUUUAUUCGCCUUCCGUUUACAACAGCAUUUCCCAAUCUGGUUUUCGUUCUAACUGCUGGAGCGGAUCGAGAUUUAGCAGGGGGAACCGGAUGCUCGGCUCUAGCUCGUUACAUCACACACUCGUUUAUCUAAUGACUGCCUUUCAAGGACAGAUCGACCUUAAAUCCAUCAUUUGAAUAACUGCAUCGGAUCCGC